AUGAUUAAGCUCGUCCGUGUCUUCGCAUUUUCCGCCGCCUUCGCGGCUGCCUACGCCUACGCCGUAGCGGCACCCCCCACCUCAGCUGACCUCGAAAUCAUCUCAGAAAAGCUCGAAGCAGCUGAAAUUGUUCCGGAUGUUAUACCUUACUUCGGGCCUUCUGCGCUCGCGUAUCUCAGUUUCGACUAUAAAAACGGAACUGCCGUAGCCCUUACCCCCGGAGCUCGCAUUGGUCGCAACGACUCCCAGAUCGCACCCAUCAUUUCAAUUCGCGGCCUACAACCCAGCGAGACCGAUAAGUACGUGGGUGUGAUAGUAGACCCUGACGCACCCAGUCGCGAGACUCCCACCCGACGAAAUAUAAGACACUACAUUGCCAGUGAUCUCAUCAUUGGUUCCGAAUGCUCGCCCAACGGUAACAUCGUUACUAAUACCACGGCUGCGGCGAAUGAAUAUCGCGGUCCUAAUCCGCCUGCUGGCUCAGGUCCACAUAGAUAUGUAUUUUUCUUGUAUCGUCAGCCAGAAGGCUUUGAUGUUUCCUUCUCAGAUCUGGAUUUGAGCGUCAUCGCGGAGUUCAACUUGACUGCGUGGGUGGAGAAGACGGGGCUUGGCGGGCCGGUUGCUGGGACGUGGUUUGAGGCUGAGGUCGUGAAUGGAACGACCACUGCGGUAGUUUGA